UAAAACUCGUGCAGUCGUGAUUAGUCAGACUUUAGACGUUGACCUGUAGACGUCGUUGUGUGCUGCGCGUGGUAGUUAAGUCGCGUUAAGUCACCUAAAAUAUUUAAACGAGUUUCGUUUCCAUUUAAGUGCGACGAUGACGCUGUACAGAUGAAUAUAACCGCCGAGCACAUAAACUGCAUAGCUAUCGUUUUUAAUUUUUCGAAUGCUAUGUGUUGUUUUUAAAACUGUAUUCGUAUAUAAGUAUACCAAUUCAGAAUUUGGCCACAACGGAGAUUCACCAUGCUUCAACAGAUUCUCAAAGACAUGUAUGUUGAUCCAGAGCUGUUGGCGGAAUUAGACGAAACGCAAAAACAAACUCUGUUUUGUAGAAUGCGUGAAGAGCAAGUUAGACGCUGGAGUAUUUGGGAUCAUAACGAAAGUAUCAAGCCUGCAUAUCCAAAGCGACAAAAAAAUAAUAAAAAAGUACAAUGGAUGUUAGAUGCUAAUGGUGAUCCUUGGACAUGGAUCAUGGGUGAGCAUAAGGAUGAUAAGACUAUUGAGCAAAUAAUCGAAGAAGAGGCUAGAGAAGCUGCAAGACUACAAGCAGAACACGAGACUGAACAAUUGCGAUUAAAAGUAGAAUCUGAAUUAAUGGCAAUGUUGGAAAGCAAAGCAAAGACUCAAUUUAAUCCACCUGAGAAUAAAUAUUCACAUGCGACUGAAGAGAUUUACUGUUCCGUAGAAGAUCUGAACACUAGAAAUGCAAAAAAACCAUGUGUGACCACACAACCAAUACGUGGUGCCUUAAAAGAACUGUCAUUCAAUAAAGUGUCUGAGCGUGUGAGAAAUUGGGAACAGAGAGUAAUGGAAGAACGGACAUCGGAAAUCUAUAACAAAAUGAAAAAUAAAAAAGAAGAAGAAGAAAGACAGGCCGAAGAAGCAGAUAAAAAGCAAGAAAUUGUUUGGAGAGAACAGAAGCAAAAAGCUAAAGAAGUUGAAUUACAAAUUCGACAAAUUGCACGUCAAGCUAGAGAAGAACAUAGAAGAUCACUUCUAAAUACUACAGAAAAAUCUUCUAAUGUAAUGUUUGUAUCUAAUUCGUCCAAGCCGCCAAGUAAAAAAGCUGUUGUUGAAUGGUUUAGAGCAAAAGAAAUACCUAGAAGAGCUGGAUUUGAAAAAGAUAAAAAUGCCAUAGCCACUUGGUUCCACGGUCUUAUAACACGACAAGAAGCAGAGAUCUUACUCAACAACGAACCAAUGGGUAGUUUUUUAGUUCGUUUAUCCGAACGAAUUUGGGGCUACGCCAUCACAUACAAAGAUCACGAAUGUUGCAAACAUUAUUUGGUAGAUGCAUCUAAUGGUCAUUAUCAGUUUUUAGGGACUAAUCAAAUAUCUCACAACACACUAAGUGAAUUAGUCAACUAUCAUCGAAAAAUGCCAAUUACUAAGACUGGGGAAGAAUUAUUACUAAGACCAUGUAAUCGUAGAACAAAUUUGCCUCCUUUCGUUUUCCAAGGCUUAUUGAAAACAUGAAUUACUAAUCUAAUGAUUUCAACUAUAUUUAUACAAUAUUAUAAUAUGUAUUUUAUGUUAAAUAUAAAAUAAAUUAUAAUUCCUCAUACUUAAAU